AUGCUUAUCGGCCUCCGGGCCGUCCUCGGCAUUGGCGAGGCCGGCUUUACCGGCGUCCCAUUUUAUCUUUCCUUCUUUUACAAGCGACACGAGCUCGCCUUUCGGACGGCCAUCUUCAUCUCUGCCGCACCGCUCGCCAGCUCUUUUGCAUCCACCCUCGCCUGGCUCAUCGUCAAGUUCGGCGAGGCCAGCCCCAUCGCCCCCUGGCGCGUCCUCUUCCUCGUCGAGGGCUUUCCCUCCGUCCUCCCUACAGAUCCGCGACGGCCUCUCCGCGCCCCCUACCUCCUCGCCUUCGCCUUCGUCCUCGCCACCGCCCGCGCCUCCGACAACGCCCGCGCCCGCUCCCCCUUCAUCAUCCUCCACGCCCUCCUCUCCCUCUUUGGCUACACCUGCCUCGCCUACGCCGAACCCUGGGGCCUCUCCCCUCCCGUCCGCUACCUCGCCCUCUUCCCCGCCUGCGUCGGCUUCUUCUCCGUCGUCGCCCUCACCGUCACCUGGUCCAUCAACAACCAGCCCUCCGAAAGCCGCCAGGGCGGCGGCUUCGCCCUCCUCCAAAUCGUCGGCCAGUGCGGCCCCCUCCUCGGAACCCGCCUCUACCCCGCCACCGACGCCCCCUUUUACGCCACUGGCAUGCACACCUGCGCCGCCGCUAUGCUCGGCGUGGUCCUCCUCGCCCUCUUGCUGCGCUUCUACAUGCGCUGGUGGAAUACAAGAAUGGACAGGCAGGCCAUCGAGGGCAACCUUUCCCUCCGAGGCGAAGAGGAGGAGGGCCUCGUCGGGCCGGGGCUGAGACGAAGGAGUGCUCGCAAUUCAUUCAGAUAUAUGCUUUGA